AUGGCUAUACAGGAAGAAAAUAUGGCUAACAAGACACAAUACUUUGCAAGCGAACAAAACGAUGCUAUUAUUAGACUUGGAAGAAACUACGACUCUCUCGGAGGUGAAACUUACAAUCUCGACAUUCCUGGCUCGUUUUCAAAUUACCAAAAGGAGAUGGAGCGAUACCUCAUGGAAUGCAUCAAACAUCACCAGAAACUUAUCGAGUGUUCCGAGAAGAUAGAUUUACUAUGGAAAAGGGUUUUCUUCUAUCAAUUCUUAACAGCCUCCCUCCUUAUUUGCUUCAUUGGACUCAAAGCAAUAUCCAUGCCGUUAAAUGGUGAAUUCGCGAAGACAAUGGAAUACUUGGCAGCUGUAAUUUUUCAGUUGGGUCUGUACUGUACAUUUGGGUCCAAUUUAAUGACUCAGAGUGAGGCAGUCUUCAAUGCAGCAUAUGAGAGUGAUUGGAACAACCAGUCAAAACACUACAAGAACUGCACGAGAAUGCUCAUCAUGAGAGCUCAGCGGCCAGUAAAGCUCACCGCAGGCAGAUUUGGAACUUUGUCUCUGCCCCUGUUUACUUCGAUGCUGCGUUCUUCAUAUUCCUACUUGGCUCUCCUCCGCCAAAUGCAAGAGCAUUAGUAACAGUAACCAGUUGUUCUGCACAGCCAACACUGUGAAAAUCAGAAAAUGUUGAAGUACUUUCCUUCAAUCAAUGGCUGUUUUAAUUGGAGUGGUUAAAGGAGAUGAAGAAGGUGUAGCAGGUUUAUAAAGCAUUAGAGAUAUAAGAAGUGUACACAUAAUUUUAGUUGGAAUUAU